GGCGCGCUCGAGGGGCAGGGGCCGGCGGCAGGCUACUAUAUUUGGCUUUUUUCCAAAGGAGUUUCCAAUUACAGAAAGAGUUCUCUAACAAAGAAUGUUUCCAGGGCAGCAGAUGUUUCACUGAUUACAUAAUACUGAGCAUGGCUAACCUUUAGAGCUUUCCACUGGGGCAGAAAUAUUGACGUAACCAUGAUAGAAGACAAAGGUCCACGAGUUGCUGACUAUUUCGUAGUGGCAGGGCUCACUAACACAGACACGUCAACUCUCCUGGACCAAGAAAUCAGCCGACAUGAAACAAAGUCAACUGGUCCCAAGGCUCCAAUUACUGACAUUGCUGUGAUAAUUAAAUCAGCUGGUGAAACUGUCCCAGAGGGAUAUACCUGUGUUGAGGCCACCCCUACAGCCCUCCAAGCCAAUUUAAACUAUGGAAGUCUAAAGAGUCCUGAACUUUUUCUGUGCUACAAGAGAGGCCGGGACAAACCACCUCUUACUGACAUCGGAGUUCUCUACGAGGGGAAGGACCGCGUAAUUUCGGGCUGUGAGGUGAUUCAGGCUACUCCGUAUGGUCGUUGUGCCAAUGUCAACAACAGCUCGGCUUCUUCGCAACGCAUUUUCAUCACCUACCGAAGAGCCCCUCCAGUGCGACCCCAGAAUUCACUGGCAGUGACAGAUAUCUGUGUUAUUGUUACCAGCAAAGGGGAAACCCCUCCUCACACAUUCUGUAAAGUGGAUAAGAAUUUAAAUUGUGGCAUGUGGGGUUCCAGUGUAUACCUUUGUUACAAGAAGUCUGUGCCAGCUUCUAACUCUUUAGCAUAUAAAGCUGGCUUACUUUUCAGAUAUCCUCAAGAGAACUAUGAGUCAUUUCCACUGUCAGACUCUGUACCUCUCUUCUGCCUUCCUAUGGGAGCUACUAUUGAAUGCUGGGACCCUCAAACCAAAUAUCCACUACCAGUGUUCUCAACAUUUGUACUGACCUGCUCUUCAGCAGAAAAGGUUUACGGUGCUGCUAUCCAGUUUUAUGAGCCUUAUCCCCGGGAGCUGCUAACAGAAAAACAGCAAUCACAGCUGGGUCUUCUGACAACUGUAGAGAGAAAAGUGAUUACUUCCAAGUCCAUCAAUUCAAACAAAUGCAUCUGUCUUCUCUCACACUGGCCUUUCUUUGAAGCAUUUCGAAAAUUUCUUAUGUUCAUCUACAAACUCUCUGUCUCUGGACCUCAUCCUCUUCCCAUUGAAAAACAUAUAUCCCAUUUUAUGCACAAUAUACCUUUCCCUUCACCACAAAGGCCAAGGAUUCUUGUGCAGCUUUCUGCCCAUGAUGCAUUAAUAUUGUCACAGCCAGUUUCUACACCAUUGCCAUUAAGUGGAGCAAACUUUAGCACUCUGCUCAUGAAUCUUGGACCAGAAAACUGUGCCACUCUGUUACUCUUUGUAUUACUAGAAGGCAAGAUUCUCCUCCAUUCCCUUAGGCCGGCUGUGUUGACAGGAGUUGCUGAAGCUGUAGUAGCUAUGAUAUUUCCAUUUCAGUGGCAAUGUCCAUAUAUCCCCCUCUGUCCUUUGUCUCUGGCCACCGUACUCAGUGCACCUCUUCCAUUUAUUGUUGGAGUUGAUUCACGAUACUUUGAUCUGUACGAUCCACCACAGGAUAUUGUGUGCAUUGACUUAGACACAAACAUGGUCUACAUAUCAGAUGAUAAGAAGAGCACCAGCUGGAAGCAGUUCCCUAAAAAGCCAUGUAAAAGUCUUCUCAGCACCUUAAAGAAACUGCACCCACAGCUUGCAGCAGUUCACAGGAAGACUCAAGAAGGCUCUGCAGUGGAAAUGACUCCUAUAGAGGCAGAUUUCUCCUGGCAGAAGAAGAUGAUAGAACUUGAGAUGUUGAUCCAGGAAGCAUUUCUCCGUUUCAUGGCUUCUAUUUUGAAGGGUUACAGAACAUUCCUCAAGCCAAUCACACAGGCACCUUCAAAUAAAGCAACUGCUGCUGAUUCACUGUUUGAUCAUCAAGGAUUUUUAAAAAGCAGAGACCGGGCCUAUACAAAGUUUUACACACAUCUCACCAAGACACAGAUAUUCAGCCGCUUUAUUGAAGAGUGCAGUUUUGUGAGUGACAAGGAUACUGGCUUGGCAUUUUUUGAUGACUGCAUAGAAAAGCUCUUUCCAGAUAAAGGAACGGAAAAAGGAGAGAAGGUUGAUAUAGAUUCUGUUGAAGAUGCACGCUUGAUUGAGCUUGAUGAGUCACAAAAAAGUGAACACACAGUGUUCAUAAUGCCACCAGAACCACCUGCUGAUGAUGGACAGGAUCGAGUGCCAAAAUACAGCUAUAAAAACUUCCCGCGGCUAGAUUUCAAGCUCUUUGACAGGCCACAGGAGCUGAAGCUGUCCUUCAGCAGACACCCAGCUGGAAGCAGCAUUUCAAAUAGUCCAGCACUCAUGGCAAAGAGGACAAAACAGGAGAUAAAAACAGCCCAUAAAUUAGCCAAGAAAUAUUAUGUAAGCCCCUCCCAGUGGGCUAAGUGUCUCUUCAGUCAUAGUUACAGCCUAUGGUUUAUUUGCCUGCCAGCCUAUGUCAGAGUUGCACAUCCCAAGGUCAAAGCACUGCAACAGGCAUAUGAUGUUCUGAUUAAAAUGAGAAAAACCGAAGUGGAACCACUAGAUGAGGUCUGUUACAGAGUAGUAAUGCAGCUCUGUGGACUGUGGGGUCAGCCUGUUCAGGCUGUGAGAGUUCUUUUUGAAAUGAAAAAUGCUGGAAUACAGCCAAAUGCUAUCACCUAUGGUUAUUACAAUAAGGCGGUUUUAGAGUCUUCUUGGCCUAGUGGUAACCGCAGUGGCAUAUUCCUGUGGACAAAGGUACGAAAUGUAGUUCAUGGCACAGCGCAGUUUAGGCAGUGCCUGAAGAAAUCAAUGCAGAGCCCACAAGUGCCUGUGAUACCAGCUCUGCGGAGUCCCACGGGUGGAAGUGAUGGGGACAUGGUGAGCCAUGGUAGCGUGGAUAGUUCUAAUGAUGCUAACAGUGGGGAGCACACCCUCUUCGUCAGUGACUUAGUCAGGCUUGAUUCCGUUGAUAAUCACUCUAGCACAGGUGGUCAGUCAGACCAAGGUUACAGAUCCAAGGAUGAACUCUUGAGAGAUGGUGAGGAUAGUCUUCCUGCAACUGAAACACAAGUAGAGAAAGAUAUUUCUUCUAACCUUGAAGACUUAAUAGGAGAGAUUUCUACAGAAAAGUCUUAUGAAAAGCAACAGCUGAAUAUAGAAACUCCAAGUCCAGCUGAUCCACCUGCUUGGGGUAACAGUAUUGUGAAAGUUCCAUCAGGCUUUUUUGAUAGCAGUGGAAGGAAGAGCAGUGAUGAAACAGUUUCUAGCCCACUGUUCAUAACUCAGGAUUCAGUUGAAGAUACGGUCUUUGGUAAUGUUUCUCCUAAGAAAACAAGUGAAAAAAGACAGAAGAGACAAAAGCUGUUUUCAGAGAGAAGCUGCAGUUUCAGCAGUGAAAGCAGAGCUGGAAUGCUGCUGAAAAAAGGCAGUUUGGACUUGCAUUCUAAAGAAAUAGCAAUAAUGAUGGGAGCAGAUGCCAAGAUCUUAACAGCAGCUUUAUCUGGGGCCAAAACUUCACCUAAAUCCCACAGCUUUGAAAAUAUCACUGACCAGCAGGUUACUGACAUAAGUGGCACUUGGAGUGGUGUGACUGAGAGUGAUUGGGACCUAGAACAUAGGUCUUCACCAGUGCUGGAAGAACCUGGGGAAGGGCAGGAGGAUCUUGAGAAUGGAAGAGAUGGAAACAUUACCACAGUGGAAGACACAAAUCUUGAACAGUCAGCUGAGUCUAAAAACCAGAAACCUGAAGCCAAAGAUGCAACUGCUAAAAGAAAUAGCUUUUAUGGAGUGGUUAAGCCUAUUGAAAGGGAAGAUGUUGAAGUAGGCUUGGACCCUCUGUCUUUGCUAGCUAGUGACAGCACACAACCCGGUUAUGCAGAACCUGGGGAAAAGUUGAUGUCACCAGUUGCAGCACGUAAUUUGGCAGAUGAAAUAGAGAGCUAUAUGAAUUUGAAGAACCCAUUGGGUAGUAAGUUUCCCAGCAUGGAACUGCACAAGUCAGAUAAGGAAGCAGAAACUUCUGGUACACUUGGUCACUCCCAAGAAAGAAGGUCAAGCCUGCCUUUGGAUCCCAUCCUACCAUCCUCCAAGUGUUAUGAAAAUCGAAGAAGUCCUUCUGUCUCCAGAUCCAAAACAUUCACUGUACGAUCAAAGCAACAAACUCACCCACAAGUUCAAAAGGAGCGGUCUUCGUCUUUGACAGGACUGGGUCGUUCUUCCCCACAUGGCUCAUUGGGAACUGUUGUAACAACUUUAUCCAAUCUGAAGUUAGACAAUAUACUGUCUGGACCAAAAAUUGAUGUUUUGAAAUCAGGCAUGAAGCAGGCUGCCAAUGUGGCCAGUAAGAUGUGGGGAGUGGUAACAUCAGCGUAUAGUUACUCAGAUGAUGAGGAAGAAAACCAUCGACCAGACUAUAACUUCCCUGUGGGCUUUGAAGAUAGUAUUUUAGGAGAUAAUCUGUCAUCAAGAACUGGAGUUCCAGGCCUACUUACAAAUGAACUUGCACAAAGCACUACUAGUCUUGGUAGUAGCAGCAGUGGUGGUGAUGUAGGAAGACAGCAUUACAGUGCAGGUGAAGUUUCAUUCCCAAAAAGUAUGAAAGUUCUAGAUUCUGAGAAAUCAGAGCACAGCUCUUCACAUAAUACUAGUUUAUCCAGCAUUUUCCAGAACUAUGCAAUGGAGGUUUUAAUGUCAAGCUGCUCUCAGUGUAGAGCUUGUGAUGCUUUGGUUUAUGAUGAAGAAAUUAUGGCUGGGUGGACAGCAGAUGACUCAAACCUGAACACUACCUGCCCUUUCUGUAAAAGUACCUUCCUACCUUUGCUUAAUGUUGAAUUUAAAGACCUUCGUGGCUCUGCAAGCUUUUAUCUGAAGCAAAGUACCUCAGGAGAUAGUUUACAGAGUGGCACCCUUCCAUUAACCACAGAUCCUCUGGAGCAGAAACUGUUGACCAGUCCAGCCGUUGCUGACUUGAUCAGUUUUUCAGAUCAUCUGCAGUCCAGCCACACCAUAGCUGAAGAAGCCAGCUCUGCAGCUGAGCAGGGUGAUUUGACAGAAGAACAGACUACAGAUCCCACCACCAUGAAGACACAUGCCAAUAAUCCACCAAAAAGGGGGGUGUCCUUGACUCGGAGCCACAGUGUGGGAGGUCCACUGCAAAACAUUGAUCUCUCUCAGAGACCGUCUCAUGGCAUUUCAACAGUUAGUCUUCCAAAUAGUUUGCAGGAAGCUGUGGAUCCUUUAAUAAAACAACGGAACCCUGCCCCUGUAUCUGUACCCUACUUGAGCCCCUUGGUACUGCGUAAGGAGCUUGAAUCACUCCUGGAAAAUGAGGGAGAAAAAGUAAUUCAUACAUCCAAAUUCAUCAAUCAACACCCCAUAAUCUUCUGGAACCUAGUCUGGUAUUUCCAACGGUUGGAUCUGCCCAGCAACUUACCUGGACUCAUUCUGACAUCUGAGCACUGCAAUGGGGGAGUGCAGCUUCCUUUGACAUCUCUUGCUCAAGAUAGCAAGCUAGUAUACAUCCAUCUUCUAUGGGACAAUAUCAACCUCCACCAAGAGCCAGGGGAGCCCCUAUAUAUAUCUUGGAGAAAUCUCAAUUCUUCUGAAAAGAAACCCUCCACACUGGCAGAAAAUCAGCAGGCAACAAACACAUUGUUAGAGAGCAUCAAACUAAGUAUUCAACACAAUGAUGUGUUGAAGCCAAUUGACCUCCUCCUACAGAAAGUUAAGCCAGAUGUGAAACGACAGAGGAGUUUUUACAGGGAAAUUCUUUUCCUGUCUCUGGUGUCUCUUGGAAGAGAAAACAUUGACAUUGAGGUCUUUGAUAGUGAAUACAGACUUGCACUUAAAAAACUACCAAAGGAAGUUCUUGAAAAGAUGCAGAGAAUAGACGUUCCACCAAGCAGCAGGGUUGAGUGUUGCAGGAAGUGGUUUGGAGCACCUUUAAUAUAAAAGCAAGGAAGAGAUACACCGUAUUUUGGAGAGACAAAAGCAGAGCUGAACAAACCCAAGAGCAUGGUGACAUAUACACUUUUGAGUCUCAAAAGGUGUUAAUUGAGCAAUUUGUCAAAUCAGUUUCGUUGUACUGCAACAUGUAUUCUUCUCAUUCAUCUCACGGGCACAUUGUAAAAUUUUCCAAAAUGUUUUAAAAUUAUGAAUUUGUUUCAGUGGUUGAUCUGCUUUUCCCAAAUAUAUAUUCUUUAAUUUCCUCAAAAUUUUCCUCCACGAUAUCAAGUUGCUCAAAAGCUGAUGAUGAAACAGCAGUCUAUAUUUGGUGACUUUCUUCAGGGCCACCAAUAUUGGUGUCUUUUAAUGAAGUACUUUUCCAGGGCUCAGAUUCUCAAUGCUUCUUUAAAAUGACCUUUACCUCGAGAGGGGUCCUUUUAUUAAUGUGUGGUAUGGUUGUAUGAAUGUAAAUAUUUGAGACCUUGGAUUGGAAGCUGCAAUGCAGUUGCUUUCAUCUAAUACUACAUUAAAUUUCAUCAGACAGUACAUUAAAUUGCUACUCUUCCCCUGACUCUUGUCCCCGUCAGUAUCCUGAAUUACCUUUGCUGACCUUUUCAAAAUGUGUAUCUACAGCUGUGAGAAAACAGAGACUUACACUCAACUUUCCUGUAUUCUCUAUCUGAUAAACUAUAAGGUUCUGUAAAUGUACUGGCUGCUUUCUCCAAAGAAGGAUAAGCUUCUACACAAAGCAGCUCAGAAAUGGAUGGCAUUCUAAAGAUUAUGUAGGAAGCUCCAAUGGUAUUAGAAUACACACAAGAAUUGUCAACAGACACUGCCUGAAAAAAAAAAAUUAUGCUUAUACUAUUUGCAUGUGUGUUUAAGAGGUGUCCUCCUCACAAGAAUUGUCAACAGACACUGCCUGAAAAAAAAAAAAAAUGCUUUAUACUAUUUGCAUGUGUGUUUAAGAGGUGUCCUCCUCAAAUUCUUUAUCACCCUCUCCCUUGGUUUUAUACUAGCCUGUGGGUUAAUUAUUUUGCACUGAUAGUCCAGAUUCAAUAUUUCAAUUAAGAUAUAUUUAUAAAUGUGCUCUUCAAGUGUAUAUUAGCAGAAAUGAAGUGCUUAUGUGUAUGAUCUGAAAAGAUGUAUCCUUCUUUUGUAUUGCUUCUAGUAGAUAAGACACUUUCUCACCUCACAUAUUUAGACUACAGUAGUUGUAGUCUUGGCAAGGAGAGCCUGGAUACUGGUCAACAGUGUGUUUCUGUUACUUGAAGAAAAUGAUAAGAUUUAUUCCAGGUUUUUACUGAAAGUUAGUGGUAUGGCUUUUGCAAUGGAAUAAUUCAUAGAGAAAAAAAAAUAUUUGUAGCAUGUAAAAGGAGCAUGACUUAAAAUACUAAUUGCAUCUGGGUAUGAAUGUAUUUUCUUGAUAGUACUUUUAAAACUUUCAUUCUUCAAAGUGAUGAGGGAUGAAGAUCUGUCUGGAACAAUUUUUUACAUGAAACAAUAAAACCAACUUUUUUUUCAUGAAGUGAAAACAAGGGAGUUGCACUAUAUAUGACAAAAUAUAUUUACAUCAUAGACUGAUGCCUUGUAUUUUGUCUACAAGUGCUGGUCCUAAGUUAAUAUGGGGAUAUUACCUGGACAGAUUCUCUCCUGAUAAAACUGUUGUGCUUUCUCAGCAAUUAAAAGCAAGAAAGCACGUAAUGAUUUUUUUAUUAUUCUUCUUCUUUGGGUUUAUGCACAGUUGCUUGCUGAUACCUGACCUACAUCACAUAAAGAACAGUCCUUGAUUCUUCAUCUUUUCCUCUUUUCUCCAGUUACAUCAUUGACAUGGUUCCAUCCUUCUAAAAUUCAAGUCUAUCUAAAGCAUUGAUCCAAACAGCUUAAUAUUUCUACAAAUUAAAGCCAGAAUUUUUUUCUGUGUAACUCUAUGCAUUAUUUUUCAACAGACAGCUACACAAAGACCAUUGUUUUUGAGUAUUAAAUAGACAAACCAUGUGAUUAUGUGAUGCAACUUGCAAGGAAUCACGUCUUAGUCACCCUUAAAUUCUCCCAACUCAUUAAAUGGCAAGGAAAAUCUGUCUAGACAAUGCUGGUUUAGAUACAUGACAUCCAAACAGUUUUAAAACAUAGUAAAUAAUAUUAUGAACUAGUUUCUAUAAACACAUCAUCUUCAUUUCUAAACAACUUUCUCCUUUGUUGCUGAAAAUAUAGACUAAUAAGGGAGUAGUGUUGUAAAGACAGCAAAGCAGAUCAUGUCACAACAUCUACUGUUAAUUGUUAAACCUUUCCCAGCUAUAUACACUAAACAAACAAACAAAAAAAAAAAACCCAACAAAAUAAAGCCAGAGGAGAAAAGAUCAGCUGCAGAUUUGGACUUGUUUUGAUUUGCUGUUGCAUAUUGGCGUUCUUGUACACUACAAAUUAAUUGCUGUUCCUGGUGUAGGCACCUGGUAUUCAGAAUGGUAGAAGUCCUGCAUGUAGCUACUUCAAAUCUUGAAUCUGCAUAUUGGAAUUGAUUCUUUAAUAUAGAAUAAAAAUGGAAGACCUCCUUUUUAUAGGGAGUUCUUAAUGCUUAGGUUCUAGAAUAGCUAACUAAUCAGUUGUUUUUUUAAUGUAAUCCAUAGCUCAGAUGAAAAGGGAGAUCUCUGAAAACAAUUUAAUUUCAUCUCAGAUGCUUUUUUUUGGGGGGGAAAAGUAAGUUUCAUAAAAUCUGGCCAAAAAUAACCAGGGAAAAGUUUUGAAAGUUUUUUUGUGAGUGCAUUGCAAACACUUUUGUUCUUCUGAAAAUUAGGCACUAAAGGCACACUUCUGCAAUUUAGUUGACAGGAUGAACUUGUGCUAUAUGGGGAUGACUUAGUAAUGUACAAAUGCUUCUAACUUGUUUGACACCCAACUCCUAGGAAUCCAAAUUUAUCUGAAUCCAUUACAUACAUUACUGAUCUGAGCAAAGUGUUGUGAAGGAUGGAUGAGGAUAAGCUAGAUUUUGGUUCUGUUUUUCUGUCAAUAUAAACAGAAGAAGUAGCAUUUUGCUCACUUGUGAAACUCUUGCCUCCACAUACUCUUUCUAGUACCUCAACAGCCAGUGCUCAGGAGAUGAUUCUUCUGUCUAUACAUUUUGUAAUCCCCACAUAAAAUCUGAGGGAAAUAUUUGCAGAUCAACACUAACUUCAAAACAUGCAAUGUGUGUGUGCACAAAAUGAGGGUGUAGAGCAACCUCAUAACAAAAGUGGAUGCAAACAAUGAAUUUCAGGUACGCCUAAGAACUGAGAAAUUUUGUAUUGGAAGAACAAUUAUCAAAGAGAAGCUUCCUUGAAUUGUUUUCAUAAGGAUGUUGAACUGCAGCCAGUUGUGCUAAGAUACUAUCUUGCACCUUUGACCCAGCUGUAAAUCAGUUACAUAUACAGCUUGUGUGCUCACAUUCGAAGAGCUGGGUUUUUUGUGGAAUUAAAACAACAAAUGAGAUCUUAAAUGUUUAUAAUCAGGAUUCUUAAGUUAAAAAGAUUUUCUUUGUUAAUUAUAUUCCGGCACAUCACUAAAACCUGACAACUUUGAAAACCUUUUAGGCCUAGGAGACUGAUGUGGCUGCAGAGUUGGCGCAGUAAUUGGUACCGGUUUUACAUGUUACUAGAAGCAUCUGUAUGUUACUUAUAAUCAUAUCCUGUCUUCAAAAUUUAUGUAACUUAAGUUUAGACAAUACAAUUGUAAUGGAAAAUACUUUAUUUACUAUAUAUGUUUCAAACUAAAUCAAUUUUGCAAGUAACUUAGUCUUGUUCCUGGUGGAAUUUCACAUUGGUUAAGCUCAAGCUACAUUGCACUUGUGAAUGAGUAAUAUUCUAUUUUAACUGUGAAUUAAUGGCUUUUUUGUAUUGCUGCAGCUAAAAGAAUAUACCUUUCAUUGAGUUUACUGCUUUCCUUGAAUAACUGCAACAUAGGGGAUAUUUUCAAAAUGUAUCAUAAAUUAGAUAAUAGAAAUUAUAUUUUUAAAACAAAUUGUUAAAAUGUAAGGAACUGAAGAAUCCACUCAGUAGUUUUUUCUUUUUAAAACUCUUAAUUCAGCAAUUAUUUCAAUGCAGAUAACUCGUAUUUUAUCUACAGUAAGCAGGUAAUCUUAUUCACAUAAUUGUAUAUUUUCAACAAAAGGGUUCUUUUUUUUCUUUCAACUAAUAAACAUCUUAAAACGCAUUCUGUAUAUCCACUUUUCACUAUGUAUCUUUUUAAAAAUGAACACCCUUUUAACUUGUAAGAAUUGAAACUGAAUGGUUGAAUUGGAUUCUAGUUCUGUAGUCUCCUGUGCUGUAUAUUGCGAUGCAUACAUGAGAGGAUCGGAUGGCGUUUUUAUUUGUUCUUUCAGUCUGCAUCAACCAAUGGUGAAAAUAAAAGGGAUUGUUUGCUGUUGUUUAGAAGCACAUUAAACUCCUAUUAGGAGCUUGAAAUAAACUAUAUUGUAACAAGCAUGAAAUGAUGUAGUGUGAAUAAAUUAUGAAUCUAUUAAGUGAGCUGGGAAGCUUAAUGCAAUAAAAUUUGCACUGGUUUAGAGACUGUUUUGAACUGUUGAAAAAUGGCAUCCAUUUAUUGUGCUUUGAUUAACAAUUGUUUCUCUGUAAUAUUUUUGUACAUUUGACAAAAAUUUGAAUUUAAAAGGGCACUCUAUAUCCUAAAUUCUGUAUAGAUGUUCUAGACUAAGAAACAAUUUUUCAUGUUGUUCCCAAAAUAAAAUAUAUAUGCAUCCUGUGUAAAAA